AUAAGGUCAAUAGGUACGAGUUUGAUUCGUAGGUUCAUAGAAGAGUGUUUGAAAGCAGUCGAUACUACAAUGGAACGAAUCAGAUUGAAGAUGAUGACCAUAAAGAUCCAGAAAAGGAAAGCUAAGCAACAGCUGAAGCAUAGACAAGAACUCGGCGAGGCUCUACGCGCUGUAGACUUUGAACAAUUGAACAUAGAAAAUCAAGAUUGCAUACGAAAAAUCGACGAGAAGACUCAGCAUAUGCUCGAAAUGAAGAAGAUCGCUGGUCGCUAUAGUAUCGCAUUGACCAAACACAAGGAAAAAUUAAGUAACUUAAUGAAUACUUUAAAUGAAGUGAGCGCUAAGAUUGUCUUUAAAAAAGAAGAGAUUGUGAAACUACAGUCUGAACAAGCUGCCGUAAACAUCGAAAUAGAGAAAACGCAAGUACAGCUCAAGUCGUUGACGGAGUUGAUGGACAACUUUAGUGUUCCAGAAGUCUUAGAUUGCAUCAAAGUACAUACAGAACUUCAAGAAUUACAAAAAGUUCACAAACGAUUACAUAGGCAAAUGAAGAUUCAGCAAAUAACCUUAAAAUCCAGCAGGCGUAGAAAAUGGAUUUACCGUUGUUGGGAAUGUUCUGGACAGAUGCUUAUGAGCAACGAGUCAUAACUCCUUUCGCGGACUUGAGUUUAAUAGAUUACAACCUCGUUCUCGACCUCAUUUAGUAACUGAAAUUGCUUUAAAUAUAUCCUAACAAUGAUCUUGAACAAUGAUCACUUGAAAUCUUAUUCUCUGUGUUACACUUUACUAUAUCUACAAAUAAACUUGGAUGAAGCCAGCUCAGUUAUGUACCGCUGUGUACAAAGCGCACUUUUCACCAAGCAAUUUGUAUGUUCACGUUUCUUCAUUGAUGCACUUUUCAAUAAAAUAAAUUAUUUUGCUGAGAAAUACUCUCCAACUACAUAUAUAGCUUACUUGUAACGAAAGAGAAA